CUGAGAUGUCAACCUUAGGCUUCCGACACCUUUGACUCUCUCUCCUCCAUCGUCCUCAUCUCUCUCCUGUAUAUGUACUUUGGCCCAUCAGUUCAUUUCCCACCAAUCAAUCAGCUUCUCCUCAAUCAUCGCUCAGACUGGGCAAAUGGGCAGUGUCGACGCGGAGAGGAAGACCACCGGCUGGGCUGCCAGAGACCCUUCUGGGACUCUCGCGCCUUACACUUACGAUCUCAGGAGCACGGGUCCUGAAGAUGCUUACAUCAGGGUGCUCUACUGUGGGAUUUGCCACAGUGACAUUCACCAGAUCAAGAAUGACCUUGGCAUGUCUCGCUACCCCAUGGUCCCUGGCCAUGAGGUUGUAGGGGAGGUGCUGGAGGUGGGAUCAGAGGUGACUGGUCUGAGAGUUGGGGACCGGGUCGGCGUCGGAGUCCUCGUGGGGUGUUGCCGAAACUGCACGCCGUGCAAAUCCGACAUCGAGCAAUACUGCAGCAAGAAGAUCUGGUCUUACAACGAUGUUUACACUGACGGGAAGCCAACCCAAGGUGGCUUUGCCGGAGAGAUGGUCGUUGCUCAAAAAUUCCUGGUUAAAAUACCGGAUGGGAUAUCAUCGGAGCAGGCGGCGCCGCUUCUAUGUGCGGGGGUCACGGUGUAUAGUCCGCUGAACCACUUCGGGCUGAAGCAGAGCGGCCUGAGAGGAGGAAUACUGGGGCUGGGCGGGGUCGGCCACAUGGGGGUGAAGAUUGCCAAGGCCAUGGGACACCACAUGACCGUGAUAAGCUCGUCUGACCGGAAGAGAGAGGAGGCAUUGGACCAUCUUGGCGCUGAUGCGUACUUGGUGAGCUCCGACGAGACUGGGAUGAAGGAGGCUGCUGAUUCACUCGAUUAUAUCAUUGACACAGUGCCUGUGUUUCACCCUCUUGAGCCUUACCUCUCUCUGUUGAAGCUUGAUGGCAAGCUGAUCUUGCUUGGUGUGAUCAACACUCCUCUCCAGUUCCUCACCCCUGUGGUCAUGGGUGGUAGGAAGGCGAUCACGGGGAGCUUCAUAGGGAGCAUAAAGGAGACCAAGGAGAUGCUCGAUUUCUGCGAGGAAAAGGGGAUAACCUCCCAAAUCGAAGUGAUCAAGAUGGACUACAUCAACGCCGCGUUCGAGAGGCUCGAGAAGAACGACGUUAGGUACAGGUUCGUCGUGGAUGUCGCUGGGAGCAAGCUUGACUGAGCAUGAUGAAAGGCGAAGCUAGAGCUUGAUGAAGCUGGUGGAAUGUGGAUCAUCCCCAGACCCACAAGCCACCAGACAGAAGCUGAAAGAAAUAUCUGGAAAAGACACCAACUCUUAUCUUAAGUCUCAAUCCGAUGUAUGACAAAAGUCCCGCUUAGGUUAGCUGUCUUUCGAUGAAAGAAGACAGCGGAAGUGGACUUCUCUUUCAUAUGAAUGAAGUGUUUUGGCAAGUUUUGCAAAUGUGGGAUCUCGAAGUCGUGGAUGGGGUCUUGAAAACGAUGAAUACCAAACUUAUGGCGUGUAAAAUUCAACUCUUUUCACCAGUUUUCUUCGGAUUU